GGUUAGAUUCAGUUUGGAAUAGUCAGUCUUGGCGCAAAGUGUGCCUAGAGGAUCACAGAAAUAUAUAAAGCUAACAAGGAUACAACAAGGAUACUAGAACGAUGCAGCGAUCGGUGUUGCUCCUGCUAGUUUCGUCCCUUCUGUUGUGUGCGGCAAUGGCGAUGCCCGCGAGUGUGGAGAAGGCCGAGGAUGACUGGCUGGACGAAGUGCUGCCGGGUGGCGCGGACAGCGAGGAGCUGCAGGACCUGGACAUCAGCACCGGAAACCACAUCAAGAAGCGGUCUGCCAAGGACGCCAGCAGCUCCUCCGAGGAGCACAAGGACAAGGCUAAGGACAAGGCGAAUAGCUCCGGGGAUUCCUCUUCCGAGGAGAAGUCAACAACCACCACCGAGAUUCCUGCCAGAAAACGACGGGAAAUUUUAUCUAGAAGAAGGCGUGAGGUUAACGCAGACGACCAGUUGACGGAGCAGAAAUCCAGCGAUGAGCCGGAACUGGAUGACCAGGCCGAGAAGGAGCUGGAUGAGACUUUGGAAAACACCAGCAUCGAGGACUAUGCCCAGGGCUGUGAGGUCUCGGAUGUUGUCAGCGUCAAGGAGGCCAAUGAGGUUAAUGAGGCCAAUGAGGCCAAUGAGGCCACCUACGCCGAAUGAUUUCUAUAACACCUAAUGAUUAACAAUAAACAUGAUGAAAACCUUAAA